UCUAGGUUUCAAGCUCAUGCCAAAGACUGUGCCUUGUUUCUCUUAGAGCUGCAAUUAAGGAGUGAGAAGGUUAUCACGAAGACAAAGUGUUGGAGCUUUGCACAGACCUUGUUGUGCUGGAAGAGUUGUGUUGAACUCUGAAAUGUCCUUCAGCCUGGCAGGCCUUCUGCAACUCAGUACCUCACUAUCAGGCUGUCCCAGGGGAAAGUUCGCUAUAGGUUUCAGGAAGUGCUAAGAAAUCCCAGCCAAGCGGUGUUCCAGAGGAAGGGGAACACGAUUCUGGACCAUCAUUUGCUUUACCAGGAUACACAAGUUCUCCUGAGUGGUUGAAUCAGUUGUUCUUCUGUCUCUGCUUUUCCUCAGGAGAAAUGGCCAAAUGUACCUUUUCCACAUUAGAGAUAUUCCUGAUUUUCCUCUUUGUGAUGAUGACAGGGAUCACGGUGGCUCUUCUCAGCCUGUUGUUCGUCACCAGUGGGACCACUGAAAAUCACACAGGUUUUCCAACCACCCAGAUCCCUCCAGCCACCCAGAUCCCUCCAGCCACCCACCCUCCAGCCACCCAGGGCCCCACAGACAUCCAGGCAUCUCCAACACCCAGCACCCCAGAGCCUACUCUAUUUCAGAACUUCAGUGGCUACCAUAUUGGUGUUGGGCGAGCUGACUGCACGGGCCAAGUAGCAGAUAUCACUUUGAUGGGCUACAGCAAAACUGGCCAGAAUGCACAAGGCAUCCUCACGAGGUUGUACAGUCGUGCGUUCAUCGUGGCGGAACCAGAUGAGUCCAGUCGAGUAGUGUUUGUCAGCAUUGAGAUUGGCAUGGUGUCCCAACGACUCAGGCUGGAGGUCCUGAACAGGCUGCAGAGUAAAUAUGGCUCCCUGUACAGAAGAGACAACGUUAUCCUGAGUGGUACUCACACACACUCGGCUCCAGCAGGAUAUUUCCAGUACUCUACAUUUGUGAUUGCCAGUGGAGGAUUUAGCAAUCGAACUUUUGAGUACAUGGUUGCUGGCAUCAUGAAGAGCAUUGAGAUAGCACAUGCAAAUAUGAAACCAGGCAAAAUCUUUAUCAAUAAAGGGAAUGUGGAUGGUGCACAGAUCAAUCGAAGCCCUUCUUCGUACCUUCGGAAUCCACAGUCAGAGAGAGCAAGGUAUUCUUCAAAUACAGACAAGGAAAUGGUACUCUUGAAAAUGGUAGAUUUGAACGGAGACGACCUGGGUCUUAUCAGCUGGUUUGCCAUCCACCCAGUCAGCAUGAACAAUAGCAAUCAUCUUGUGAACAGCGACAAUGUGGGCUAUGCCUCUUACCUUUUUGAGCAAGAGAAGAACAAAGGAUAUCUACCUGGAGAGGGACCGUAUGUAGCAGCUUUUGCUUCAUCGAACCUGGGAGAUGUGUCCCCCAAUAUUCUUGGCCCGCACUGCAUCAACACGGGAGAGUCUUGUGAUAAUGCCAAUAGCACUUGUCCCAUCGGUGGGCCUAGCAUGUGCAUUGCUAUGGGACCUGGGCAGGAUAUGCUUGACAGCACACAAAUCAUAGGACGGAUAAUAUAUGAGAAAGCAAAGGAACUGUAUGCCUCCGCCUCUCAGGAGGUAACUGGGCCACUGGCUUCAGCUCAUCAGUGGGUGAAUAUGACGGACGUCACCGUCUGGCUCAAUUCUACACACACAGCAAAAACAUGUAAACCAGCCUUGGGCUACAGUUUUGCAGCUGGCACGAUUGACGGAUUUGGAACCCUCAACUUUACGCAGGGGACAACAGUAGGGGAUCCAUCGUGGGACAGUAUUCGGGAUCAGGCCCUGGGCAAGCCAUCUGAAGAAAUCAAAGAAUGCCAAAAACCAAAGCCAAUCCUUCUUCAUACUGGAGAGCUGUCAAAACCUCAUCCCUGGCACCCAGAUAUAGUUGAUGUUCAGAUUAUUACUCUUGGGUUCUUGGCCAUCACUGCCAUCCCUGGGGAGUUUACGACCAUGUCUGGACGAAGACUUCGGGAGGCAGUUCAAGAGGAAUUUGCAACUUAUGGGAUGCUGAAUAUGACUGUUGUUAUUUCGGGUCUUUGCAAUGUAUAUACACACUACAUUACCACCUAUGAAGAAUACCAGGCUCAGCGGUAUGAGGCAGCAUCCACAAUUUAUGGACCACAUACUCUGUCUGCUUACAUCCAGCUUUUCAGAGUCCUUGCUAAGGCCAUUGCUACGGAUACAGUAGCCAAUCUGAGCAGCGGUCCAGAGCCUCCAUUUUUCAAAGACCUGAUGGCCCCAUUAAUCCCUAAUGCUGUGGAUAGAGCGCCUGUAGGCACAACUUUUGGGGAUGUCCUGCAGCCAGCCAACCCUAAAUACAGAGUGGGAGAAGUUGUUGAAGUUACAUUUGUAGGUGCUAACCCGAAGAAUUCAGCAGAGAACAAGACCCAUCAGACCUUCCUCACUGUGGAGAAAUAUGAGGCCACAUCAGCAACAUGGAAGAUAAUGCAUAAUGAUGCCUCCUGGGAGACUCGUUUCUAUUGGCACAAGGGAUUACGGGGUCAUAGCAAUGCAACGAUACAAUGGCAUAUUCCAGAUACUGCCCAACCUGGAACCUACAGAAUAAGAUACUUUGGACACAAUCGGAAAAAGAACAUUCUCAAGCCCGCUGUCAUACUUCCGUUUGAAAGCACUCCCUCCACUUUUGAUGUUGUAACUACUUGGUGAAAAGUUGACAAAGAGCAGCUGUACUCUGUAUGAUUUAAAUAAUCAAUUUCAUGUGAAUGUAACCUAUUAUGAUGACUUCAAUAAUUGUCCUUGUUUGGGAACAGAUAGUUUACUGCUAAUGGGACAGGUGUGUGUGUGUGUGUGUGUGUGUGUGUGUGUGAGAGAGAGAGAGAGAGAGAGAGAGACGUGUGUAUGUGUCCCAUUUACCUUUGCUCUAGUAGAUUUUACAUCAUGGUCUGCUGCCUAAAGCAUGAUUUCCCUUGGGGCCCUGUGGUUGUUUAAAGAAACAGUUCCCCUCAAUAUGAAACCUCUGAAAUGUUAGUGAGAGUGGUUAAAGAUGUGUGAACAAUGUUUAAACUAUUUAUUUAUAGAAUUAUGGAAUGAUAGCACUUAAAAAGUUUAAAGAGGUCAUCUAGUUGGAUCCUUCAUUUUACAGAUGGGAAAAUGAAGUUUUAUGGAUUUAAGAUUAGCAUAAGGCUAGGACCUUGUCCCUCAGUCACAUUUUAAAAAUAUUAUAUAAACAUUGACCAUAAAUGUAUAAGCCCAGUUAGAGAAAAUUAGCAUGCCAGUUUUUCUAUACUGAGUGUAGCUUUUCAAAGCAGCCACCCUGGAGUUGAUAUGGCUGAUCCAGAGUUUUGUUGAUGUUCAAAUCAUUUCUGGAAUUGCCUUCAGAGCCCAAUUAUGAGAAAGUCAGACUUGUAAUAUUUUGGUCAUGCCUUGUGUUUCCCUAGGUGCCCUUAUCCCACUGAAUUGUGUCCCGUAUUCCCAAGACUUGUUCUAAGUGAUUUUUGAUUGUUUCACUAAUCAAAUUCACCCCAAACCCACAAAGUUUUGCUCUUAGUGUAGAUACUAAAAUGAAAAAAGAAUGAAAUUAGAACACUCCCUAACACCAUAUACAAAAAUAAACUCAAAAUGGAUUAAAGACCUAAAUGUAAGGCCAGGCAAUAUAAAACUCUUAGAGGAAAACAUAGGCAGAACAGUCUAUGACAUAAAUCACAGCAAGAUCUUUUUUAACCCACCUCCUACAGAAAUGGAAAUAAAAACAAAAAUAAACAAAUGGGACCUAAUGAGACUUAAAAGCUUUUGCACAGCAAAGGAAACCAUAAACAAGACAAAAAGACAACCCUCAGAAUGGGAGAAAAUAUUUGCAAACAAAGCAACUGACAAAGGAUUAAUCCCCAAAAUAUACAAGCAGCUUAUUCAGCUCAAAAUCAAAAAAAAAAGUAACCCAAACCAAAAAUGGGCAGAAGACCUAAAUAGACAUUUCUCCAAAGAAGAUAUACAGAUUGCCAGCAAACACAUGAAAGGAUGCUCAACAUCACUAAUCAUUAGAGAAAUGCAAAUCAAAACUACAAUGAGGUAUCACCUCACACUGGUCAGAAUGACCAUCAUCAAAAAUCUACAAACAAUAAAUGCUGGAGAGGCUGUGGAGAAGAGGGAACCCUCUUGCACUGUUGGUGGGAAUGUAAAUUGAUAACAGCCACUAUGAGGAAGAGUAUGGAGGUUCCUUAAAAAACUAAAAAUAGAACUACCACAUGACCCAGCAAUCCCACUACUGGGCAUAUACCCAGAGAAAACCAUAAUUCGAAAAGAGUCAUGUACCACAAUAUUCAUUGCAGCACUAUUUACAAUAGCCAGGACAUGGAAGCAACCUAAGUGUCCAUAGACAGAUGAAUGGAUGAAGAAGAUGUGGCACAUAUAUACAAUGGAUAAAGAAGAUGUGGCACAUAUAUACAAUGGAAUAUUACUCAGCCAUUAAAAAAAUGAAAUUAAGUUAUUUGUAGUGAGGUGGAUGGACGCAGAGUCUGUCAUACAGAGUGAAGUAAGUCAGAAAGAGAAAAAUAAAUACUGUAUGCUAACACAUAUAUAUGGAAUCUAAAAAAGAAAAAAAAAUGGUUCUGACAAACCUAGGGGCAGGACAGGAAUAAAGACACAGACGUAGAGAAUGGACUUGAGGACACAGGGAUGGGGAAGGGUAAGCUGGGAUGAAGUGAGAGAGUGGCAUGGAUAUACAUACACUACCAAAUGUAAAAUAGAUAGCUGGUGGGAAGCAGGUACAUCUCACAGG